AUGAGAAGUAGUCCCUCGACUCGCCUCUCCGCCGCCGCCACCCUGGGCGCCGCUCGGGCCCGUUCCCCCCCCGACCCCUCCGGCGGGGCCGCUACGGCGGGCCUGUGUGGGGCAGGGGAUGCUGGGAAGAGCCGCUCUGGGGGCCUGCCCUGGGGCUGCGGCCGGGCUCCUCUGGGGCGGGCGGUGCCGGCUGGGGGGGGGGGGGCUCCGCUCCAUUCCCCCCCCCGUUCCCCCCGGCAGACGAAGAAGCGCAGGAACAACGGGCGCGCCAAGAAGGGCCGCGGGCACGUGCAGCCCAUCCGCUGCACCAACUGCGCCCGCUGCGUGCCCAAGGACAAGGCCAUCAAGAAGUUCGUCAUCCGCAACAUCGUGGAGGCGGCGGCCGUCAGGGACAUCUCCGAGGCGAGCGUCUUCGACUCCUAUGUGCUGCCCAAGCUCUACGUGAAGCUCCAUUACUGCGUGAGCUGCGCCAUCCACAGCAAGGUGGUGCGGAACCGCUCGCGGGAGGCGCGCAAGGACCGGACCCCCCCGCCCCGCUUCCGCCCCGCUGGUGCAGCCCCCCGGCCCCCCCCGAAGCCCAUGUGAGGAGCCGCCACUGGACCCAGACCCCAACCUUGCUUUUGGGAUCAAUAAAGGAGCUUU